AUGGAUGACUCACUAUUCCUCCUUCAAAUUUUCAUGGCUUUCCUUCUCAUGAUCAAGAUUGUCAGUUGCCAGCAGAGCGAUUUCGUGGACAAGCGUUGCGAUCCCACAUCGAACUACACCAAAAACGACGCCUUCUCAAAGAAUCUGAAGACCCUUUUGAACAACAUGUUUGACCAGACCCCCAAACAAGACGGGUUCUCGAAAGCUACUUUUGGCCCGGUCUACGGGCUUGCCCUCUGCCGAGGAGAUGUCUCGUCCGAUUACUGCGACUUUUGCCUCUACGACGCCCGGUGCAAGAUCACCCAACGUUGUUACAACCACACCGCCAUCGUUUGGUACGACUAUUGCAUGAUGAAAUACUCGGACCAGAAAUUCUUCGGAGAAAUCGACAACGAGAACAAGGCAUUGUGGUACAACGUGGACAACGCGACCGACCCCAUCGGAUUCAAUAAGACGGUUCGGGAGUUGCUUGGCGGCCUUACCACAAAAGCUGCAAAAACGAGUAAACUAUAUGCUAAGGGGCACAAGUUUGCGGUUGGGGAGAAUGCAACUGUAUACGCCAUGGUCCAAUGCACCUCGGACCUCUCAGGAAAAACGUGCAAGAAAUGCCUAGUCGAGGCCAUACACGAGCUCCCAGGUUUUACGGCAGAAACCUCCACCGUGGGAUCGAGGUACAUUGGCGGGAGUUGCAUGGCUCGGUUCGAAACGUACAAAUUCCUCGAGGAUUAG